AUGGCUUCUGUUGAAUGCAUUUUUCUAAAUAAACAGUCCAUAACUUUUAACUGUAUUGUCAAAAGGGAGAGUGAGCUUCCACCCAGAAUGGAAGUAUGUCCUUAUUGUAUGAAGCCAUUUAAACGAUUAAAGUCCCACUUGCCAUACUGUAAGCUGGCACUUGCUGAUCACAAUGCUUCUCAGUCCAAACCAGCUACACCCCCACGUGCCAAGAAAAAGAAAAGAGAAAUCAAAGACUUAAAAAAGAAAGAGAGUGAGUUGGGGACUGAGACUGGGGAAAGAAAUACUAGGUUCUUAAGGGACAAACCAGGAGGUGCAGUUAAGUCCUUUCCACUACAAGAUGUUGGUUUGGAAAAAACAAGUAAUACAAAAGCGGAUAAAGACACCAAGAAUCGAAUUCAACUCUCCCUCAAGAUGUUAGAAAAUACUAAGCCAACCAGCACUUUCCAGGGAGAAACCAAGGCUCAGUUUUAUGCAUCAGAGAACACUAUUCCUGAAAGAGAACUCACCAAAGAUAUGCCUAAGUUAGGGCGAAGUAGCAGUCCAGAAACAGAAGUGUCUUUAUCUCUUGACUCAAUGGAACCUUCUUCAUCAAAUCAAGAUAGAAAAUAUCCUUCAGCCUUACCUAAUGAUGUACAGUCCACUUCUGCUAAUUUACAUUUGGACAAAAUCAAUCCCCCAAGCAAGAAACAUACAGUAAAAUUACUAGAAAAGCCUAUUGUUGAUUGUAAUUCUCCUGUUAUUCUCAAUUAUGGGGCUAAAAGCAUGAGAACAUCAUUGUUAAACAAGCAGAGCGAGCCCAGGCCCAGAGAGCACCUCUCAGAACUCCCCACUGAUCUCAGAGCCUCUGAGACUCAGGAAGACAACCUGGAAUCACAAAUUUUAGGUUUUAAAAUUAACCCAUUAGGUAAAAUCCAAGACAAGGAGAACCAAGGAGCAUGUGGGAGCAAAGGAAGCACAGAGAAAAGUGUAUCUAUGACAGAAAUGCAAGGCUGGAUUUCCAUGAACGAUGAUACGAACUUCAUUACCUGUGAUCCAGCCACAAAGAAGAAAUCUCGAGAUGAAGGUCCCAGUUUAAAUGUGUUUGUGCCAAGGGAGACAACUUGCAAUGAGUUUCUUUCUGUAUCGCAGUCACGUGAUCAAAGUCUUGUCUCUCUGGCUAUAAAAUGUCUUCAGGAAGAGAAAACAGAAGCCCGCGAUCAAAGCCGAGUCCCUGAUGUAAAAGCAUUGAUAAAAAGUGAGGAACAGAACUCUCUGGAAUCCAGAACUGACUCUGGGUUCCCAGCAUCACACCCCAGGUGCCGGCAGCAUCUCACUUGUUUUGUGGAUGAUGUUGCCAACAGGAAGACCCUGUGUAGCUCCCUGGGACUGGAAUGGUUUCCGGAGCUCUAUCCUGCUUAUCUCGGACUAGGGGUGUUGCCAGGGAGGCCUCAGUUUUGGACUGUAAUGGCCUGGAAGCCUCAGCUCAUCAGUCCCCAGGGGGAAAGUCUCUCACAAGUUCCCUUGGUGGAAAGAAGUUUGGCUGCUGUAAGGAGUUUGGAGCCCCCGACCAGACUUACAACCGCCGGCUUCUCUCUAACGAGGCUCUUGGGAGCUGUGCAAAAAGGCUGGAUCCAGUGCCGCACCACUGUGAGGAGCGGAGUCGGCGGCCUCACCAUGCUUGUCUCCGGCUACUUUGUCCUCUGCUGCAGCUGGAGCUUCAGGCAUCUGAAGAUGCAGCGCUGGCGUAAGUAAUGUUGACCUGGACACCGCUCGAGAAAGCUCUGGAACUCCAAGGAGAGGACGGUGGAGACAACUGCAGGACACUUAAGAAUUUAAAAUUGUAUUGGGGGCAGGGAGAGGCAGUGAAAAGAAUAAAAUUACCGGAAUCCAAUUAUGACAUAGGAAAUAACUUUUUUACUGUGGACAGAUCUGGUUCUGUCUGGAAAUUCCUUUGGGUGGUUGGGUUGGUCUCAGAAGUGACUGACAGUUACUGAAGAAACAGCUGCUCUUACUCAAUGAGAUGUGAAGAUGACCGAGUUCAUCAGAAUUUUUAAAUAGCUACUUCCCACUUUGUCAAUAAAAAUUAAUAUAUCUUUGUCCCUAAAGUUGUUCUCCUCAGCCAUGGCACUUGACUGUUCACCCUCGCUAGGGACUGGGCUAUGUAUAUACAACACAGACUAGCCUCUGGGUCGGCAGAAUAUUAGCAAACAUCAGACCCUCCCCCUCAGUGGUGAGGCUGUUUGGGCCUUUGAUCACUUCUCUGCAGUU